UGUGUGAUUGAAUUUCGGAUUUUUGAAGAUUGUCGAUUGAUUGAUUAAUGAAUUUGAUCGAAUUGACAUUGUUAAAACAUAACAUGACAUUUCCUCGUUGUUGUUGAUCAAUCCAAAAUGAUGAAUAUGAUGAUGGUUUCAAGAUUUUUAUCCAUAAUUCUCAUUAUGGUCAUGAACAUUUCGAUUCGAACAAUUGUAUUCAUAUCUGCUAUUUCCACUCAAUGUUUGGAACAACAACCACCACCACGAUUAGUUGUAAUAUCAUUUGAUGCAUUUCGUCCUGAUUAUAUGAAUACAACGAUAACACCAAAUUUGAUGAAAAUAGCUGUAAAUGGUGUGCAAGGAAAAAUGCGUUCAACAUUCGUUACGAAAACAAUGCCAAAUCAUCAAUCAAUUGCAACUGGAUUAUAUGAACCAUGGCAUGGUGUUGUGAAUAAUUAUUUUAUCGAUCCGAUGAAUCUAACCAAAUUACCAUUCUCUACCGAUACGGGUGCAUCGAUUUUCUAUUGGGAUAUGUUCAAUCAUACGGUACCAAUUUAUAUUGCUAAUCAAUUAGCCAAUAUUGAUGAUGAUAAUGGUAAUAGUUGUAGAUUCAGUGGUUCAAUGCAAUGGCCUGGUUCAAUUUCAUCAUAUACUGAUGGCCAAAACAAUGAUCGUCGUUAUAGGAUUCAUUAUCAACGAACAUUUCAUCCAAAAUAUGAUUGGCAAAGUAAUAUUGAAACCGUUGUCAAAUGGAUGAACGAUGUGGAUCAGCCGGCCAAUCUGAUAAUGAUGUAUUUUGACCAACCAGAUAGAAAGGCACAUGAAUUCGGACCAUUCAGUAUGGAAGUACGGGAACAAAUCAAACAUAUCGAUUUGAUUGUUGGACAUUUUUUAGAUCUAUUGGAUCAAACAAAUUUAACAUCCGAAACAAACCUGAUCAUACUUAGUGAUCAUGGUAUGAGCGAUAUAACGAUGAAUCGUGUGAUUUACUUGGAAAAAUGUCAACAUUUAUAUCCAGGUCUAGAUUUUGAGUUGAUCGGUCGAUCACCAGUAUUUUCCGUCAUACCAUUGUCAAAACCAAAUAAUAGUGAUAAUGAUGAUAUCGAACUUAUCAAUUCAGUACAGCAAGCUCUACGAAAUUGUUCACAAAAAUUAUUUGGAAAUCAUUUUCAAAUCUAUCAACAGAAUGAAAUACCUGAACGUUAUCAUUAUCGUGGAAAUCGUCGCAUUUUAUCAUUGUUUAUGAUUGCCGAUGAAGGUUAUGAAUUAGUGGACAUGAAUGCAGCAAAUGAUUGGCAACCACGUAAUCAUUCAUGGGGUGACCAUGGAUUUGAUAAUUAUCUUGAAUCAAUGAGACCAUUAUUCAUUGCUGAUGGACCAGCAUUUCGUCAUGGAUAUAUCCACCCAAUCGAAUUCGAGAAUAUUGAUCUAUAUCCACUUAUGUUGACCAUAUUGAACAUUCCAUCGGAACGAUUCUUAAAUCAUAAUGGUACAUAUUCGAAUGUUAAACAGAUGCUUAAUGAUGAUGAAAAAUUAUAG